GUCUGAAUCCACAUUCGCCCGUAGGGCUCUAUUUUGUCUCGUGUUGAAUUGAGCCUCUUUCCAACCCACGGCAACUGCAUCAACAAUCUUUCCGUCUCGAUUGGCUGGUUGACCAGCAAGAACCAGCCAAGCGCGAGCACCGGCAGACAUUCUACAGGGACACUUGAAGCGGUAAACUCCCCAGGCCACCAUGCCUGCGAUCAUCAGCAAGCUACUGCGCGCCCGGUCCGAUGCCGCGUCGCUGGGCCCGCUUGCUGUUCGCUCGAUUCUCCUGGCCCGAGAUGCGACCCCAGCAGAAAAUGAUCCGUCCAAAGGCGCCCUCCGUCCGCAGGAAAUCAACAACAAUGCUGUCUUUGCAAUCUUCGGCCUCUUGGGUGCGGGCUUCGUCAUAGGUGGCAUUUGGUUCUUUUUCUGGGCUAAGAAUGGCGGUUUCUACUUCAAGAAGGGUGAUUGGGAUGACUACAAAUCCACGGUACUCCGGCGCAAGGGUCCCAACGGCACCAUCUACUCGGAUGCCACUCCCAGCACUAUUCUCGGCGGCGGAAGUGUCUACAAGGACGUGGACGACGGCACAACUACCACGGGAGACGACCUGACCACGGUCGUGAGCGCUACGACAGGCAUCACGGGUAUUACCGGUGGCGUCUCCGACUUCUCUGGCCGUGAGAAGCGUCGCAAGAAACGGGAACAGAAGGAGCGCGAAAAGGAGCGCCGGCGCGAGGAGAAGGCACGCGAGAAGGAGGCGAAAAAGAAAUCGCGGCGCAAGGUCGGGGAGGAUGGCAUCAUCGACGAGGAAGCCGAAGCCCAGGCACAGGAGCAGCUCCGCAACUACCGUCACGAGAAGCCCGCCCGCGUCGGGGGCAUCAAUCGCGAGUCGGAUGCCUCCACUUGGGACGGCUCGACCAACCCGAGCUGGUCGACCAUGAGCCCCAGCCACGCGGGCGGUGCCGACAGCGAGGUCACCUCCGAACUUCUCGAAAACCGCCAGCGCACGCCCACCAGCACGCCCACCAAGAAGGACGGCAAGGGUGGCGGCAUCCGCAAGGUGUACUCGACCGCCGACAAGAACGCAGUCCGUGAGAACGAGCGCCUCCGGGCCGAGGCGCGCCGCCUGCAGGAGAAGGGUCGCGCAGCCGCCUCUGCCUCUGCCUCCGCCUCCUCCAACAUCAAGCGCGACUUUAGCUUCAUCCGGGGGGCCGACGAGGCCAUGGCGCUGCGGCGCAUCGACGAGGUGCCGGCCGACGAGAGCGUCGUCAGUGCCUCGACCAACACUUACUCGGAGAAGUCGGCGGCGGACGAGCACCGGCGCCGCGCCCGCUCGCGCUCGCGACACCGGAGCGCGGCCGCAGCAAGCGAUCGCGAGUCGCGCGUGCCGGGUGGCUGGGCGGAGAGCGACGCCGGCUCCACUGAUGUCGGCACCAAGGUGUACCAGCAUUCGCACCAUAUCCCGACGGGCUCCGUCGCGGCGUCUUCCGUUACGGGCACAUCGGUGGUUGACUAUGCAGAGGAUAAGAGGAAGAAGAGAGGCGGUGCUGGCGCCAGGAGACAUCGGGACAGGCGCGAUGACGCGGAAAGCGUUGCGUGAGAACGAUGCUCUCCGGUGAUGGGACGAUAAGGGGAGAACACGAAAUGAGUGGUUGACGACGGAACAUAUGAAGCGACAUGAAAGCGAGCAGGAUCGUGGACGGGCGUUUGUGGUACACUUAGCCUAGAUGCAU